AUGAUUGUCUAUAAGGAUAUCGUCUCAGGGGAUGAGAUCAUCUCCGACACCUGGAAACUCAUCGAAACCCCCGGUGGAGUCCUGUGGGAAGUGAACUGCAAGAAAUAUGUCAAGGGCGCAGAAAGUUUUCCAAAAUGUGUUCCUGUCUGCUCUGUCCUAUAUGGAUCGCUAACAGAGAAUCCUGGUAUUAUAGAGCUUGAGGGUGCCAACCCCUCUGCCGAAGAAGGCGGGGAUGAAGAUUACUCUGGUGAAGGCGGUGGAGAGAUGGUUCACGAUAUCGAGGUCUCCUUCCAGCUGCAUUGGCUGAAACUAGACGAAAAUGGCCAUGAAACUAAACCCCCCAAGGAACAGUUCAAAGCUCACCUCAAAUCAUAUGUCAAGAAGGUAAACAAUGCUCUCAAGGAGCGCGGAGCGAGUGAAGAAACUAUCAAGGAAUUCCAGGCUGGUGCUCCUGCUGCCGUCAAGAAGAUCCUCGCUAACUACGACAACUACGAUGUUCUUAUGGGUUCAUCCAUGAAUGGUGAUGGAAUAAUCAUCAGGCACGUUCUCAUUGAUUUCCGUGAAGACGGAAUCACGCCCUUUGCCACCAUUUGGAAGCACGGUUUGGUUCCAGAGAAGGUUUAA